UCAGAUUCAACUAAAGAGUUGAGGUAAAAUUUGAGGAACAUAUAAUUGAGCCAAAGUUUAGUGAUGCCAUGUCAAUGGAGAAGCAAUAUGGUGAGUACUUAUCAGGCAUAGCAAUGGAGAAGCUUCCAAAAAACAAGCCAUUAUGGGAAGCUCAUAUAAUCAAAUACCCAACAAAAAAUGCUGCCGGAACCGUAAUCUUCAAAUUCCACCAUGCAAUUGGAGAUGGUUACACUAUCAUGGGCCUCCUUCUUUCUUCCCUUCAAAGACAUGAUGAUCCUUCACUCCCAUUAUCAUUUCCAUCAAAGUCAUCAUCAUCCUCCAAUAAAGAUUAUAAUAGUAACAAAUUGUUCUUACUUAAGAUAUUGCCUAAGCUUUUCUCUAUCACUUUCAAUUCCAUUGUUGAUUUUGGAUGGAGUGUGAUGAAAAGCACUUUUUUGGAAGAUGAUGAGACACCAAUAAGGUCUAAUGUUGAAGGAGUGGAGUUUCUACCAAUUACCAUAUCACAUAUCUCAUUUUCUAUUCAUCAUAUCAAAGAGAUUCUAGCUAGUUCAAUAAUAGAUUUAUGCAAUUACCUACCUAACCAAAUUAAUGACCAUGUUGCUCCAUCAUUUUAA